CGAGUAGUACUGCGGUGGUCCCGAGCAGAGACCCAUCGUUCCUGCAACAACAAUUGUGUGCAAACAAAAAACCUAAAUUUCCUUAGCCUAGCGCAUCAACAUCGCAGGGGGCAAGAAAACAGAGACGACGAACUAACCUCGGAAAACUCGAGUCCGAACAAAGGGGGGUGGGGGGAAAGGAAAAAUAUAAGCGCCCCCAGGUGGCGGCGCGCGAAUGGUGUGUCGUUUUUCGCUCAAAAAUUGUUUAAGUUUCUCGCACUGUUUUUUUCCCUCAAUGAAGAUCGAACGAGUCUCGAAUAAUCGAAUAUAAGUGUUGGUGCGUCUAUCGUGCUUCGUUAACUUUGAGAAGAAUAAACCGGACGGAGGAAAGAAUUUUCGAUCGUAAAAAAGUGCUCGAAAGAGACGACGUAAAUACACGUAUAUAUAUAUUAUAGAAAGAGAGAGAGAGAGAGAGAGAGACGAUCGGCAGGUGAGAAAGCGGGAGGAAAAAGGACGCAGUAAAAUAUACAGUGCCGGGAAUUUCUAUGGUCCAGAUGACAGGGAUGCUGGCGGCUCACGUUAUUCUGGCGGCUCUGCUCGCCUACCGAGCUCAGGCGGUCUCGGAGAGGCUUGAACUUGCGCCGGCGGGUGGCAGGUCGGAACCUCAGGUGGCGACAUUGUGCGAGGCCGGAGAGGUCUAUCUCGCCCAACAUAUGGGCGAACAAGGACGAUGGGUUUCAUCGACCGAGAAGAAAAGCUGCAUGACCGACAAACUGGAGAUACUCGAAUACUGCAAAAAGGCGUAUCCCAAGAGGGAUAUAACCAACAUCGUUGAGUCAUCUCACUACGUGAGGGUCGGCGGCUGGUGCAAGCCUGGACGAACCAAAUGCAAGCUGUCCAGAUGGGUCAAGCCUUACAGAUGUCUCGAGGGGCCCUUCCAGAGCGACGCCCUUCUCGUCCCCGAAGGAUGUCUCUUCGACCAUCUCCACAAUCAUACGAAAUGCUGGGAGUCCCACAGAUGGAACUCGACCGCUGCUGAUACUUGCCGAGAGCGUAACAUGAAUCUCCGAAGUUUCGCGAUGCUUCUGCCCUGCGGCAUAUCCCUCUUUUCCGGUGUCGAGUUUGUCUGCUGUCCGAAACAUGCGAAAGAUAAUAUAAAACCGAAGAAACCGUUUGAUCUACCAAUCCCGAAAGGAGUGGACGAUGACAUUGAGGAGGAUGACGAUGACCUUGACGACGAGGACGAUCUCGAUGGCGACACCGAGGAUGAGGACGAGUCCGAUAGCGAUCUCGAGGAUGUUCUCAGCGACCAAGCUUACGACGACGACAGCGACGAGGCUUAUCUCGAUGACUACGACACGACUACUGGCUCAUCACGACCCUCGACGAGCGCGCCGACGACCGAGAAGAGCAAAUUGGAACCAACGGCGAUGCCACUCCCCGUUAGCUCCAGUACUUUGCAGCCUUCCCAACAGCCUCAAGGAACCCCCGAUCCGUAUUUGACGCAUUUCGAUCCGCGCUCCGAGCAUCAGAGUUACAAACAGGCCCAAAUGAGACUCGAGGAGGUUCACAAGGAAAAAGUAACCAAGGACUGGAGCGAUCUUGAGGAGAGAUAUCAGGACAUCAGAGCGAGGAAUCCAGUUGCGGCGGACGCCUUCAAGCGUUGGAUGACCGCGAGGUUCCAGGAAACAGUGGCGGCCCUCGAGGCGAGCGGGGCAGCCGAGAAACAUCAGCUUAGCGCGAUGCAUCAACAACGCGUGCAAGAAGCCGUGAAGCAGAGGAACGAGGAGGCUAUGUCGUGUUACACCGCUGCUCUCAACGAAACCCCACCGAACACUCACCGAAUACAAAAAUGCCUGCAAAAAUUGCUGAGAGCACUCCACAAGGACAGGCACCACACGAUCGCUCAUUACAAACAUCUGCUGGACAGCAGCCUGGAACAGGCGCAACGUGAGAAACCAGCGACGCUGGAGCACCUGGCGGAAAUCGACAGGAUCACCAAUCAGAGCCUAUUGAUGCUCGAACGGUAUCCGGAGUUGAGUGCAAAAAUCGGACGGCUGAUGGAUGAUUAUGUGUUGGCCCUCAGGAGCAAGGACGAAACGCCAGGUCUUCUUCUCGCGAUGACUCGGGAGGCGGAGGCGGCGAUAUUGGAUAAAUACCAAGCGGAUGUCGCCACUAAGCAACAAGAGAAGGAACAUCAAAAGGCCUUGGAACGCGAGCGUAAGGAGCAACGGAAAGUGGAGCGGGGUGAAUUGAGAACGGAACAGGAACAACACGAAGAAGGAGAUCCGAUCAUUGAGAAAAAAGAUGUUCCGGUCGCCCAGCCACAGGAGCAGCAACAACAGCAGCAGCAACAGCAGCAGCCACCGCAGCAGCAGCAUCAACAGCAACAGCCACAACUACAAAAACAACAACAGCAGCAGCCGCAACCGCAACAGCUUCAACAAAAACCGCCGCAAGCUGAGCCGCAGCAACAAGCAGCUGUCGCGGCGAUGCACAACGAAGGAAUAGUCAGAGCAUCUCACAGUAUGACUCACGAUGUAUCACACUCGGAACCGGGGUACUCUGUGAGACGGGAAGUUUAUCACAGAGAAAGCCGAUCGGUUUAUUUCACUCUCGCAUUCGCCGGAAUCGCUCUGAUGGCCGCAGCCGUUGUCGGUGUUGCGGUAUUCAAAAGGCGCAGCGCUCGAAGUCCUCACAGCCAGGGUUUCAUUGAAGUCGAUCAGGCUGCAACGCCCGAAGAACGACACGUUGCCAAUAUGCAAAUAAAUGGCUACGAAAAUCCUACUUACAAGUACUUCGAGGUCAAAGAAUAAGAACGUGUGUUUUUGUUUCUCGAGAAUAGAGCUGAAAAUGGCAAAGGAAGCAGGGGGAAAAAAUAACGCGUUCGUGUGUCGUCGUAGGACACUCGCAAUAAUCAUCUAUCGUGUGUGGUCUCCUUUUUUCGAAUUCUCUCGUAUUUAUUUGACUUCGUUCCUUUCUCAUUUUCUAUUCAAUAUUCAAUUGACUACUCUCAUCGAUUAAAAAGAAACGUCACAGUGCUGAGAGCGUUCGAAAAAAUAAUGAAGAACCAUAAUCUCGUAACAUGAAAACAAAGUACGUGCCAUAGAACGUGUCAUAAUAGCUGAAUUCUCGGGCUGGAACGCGAAUAUCAGGAAUAUUCUUCGAGGUUAACAACGCGAGCAGCAUUUUUCGGAUCUGAUAUUUUCUGCGGUAACGAUGAUGACACGAGAAUGAAAAACAAUAAGAGGAUCGAAGAUGAAAAAAAAAAAAAUACACGCAACCACACACAAAUACACGACGUAUUAAUCGCAGCUUUUUGCUCUCGCGAAGCGGCGAGCAUUUUCGAUAGCAGCUUUAUGAAGAGGAAGACAUUAAAAACGUAAAAGUAUACAUAAAAGAGAAAAGAAAAAACCGCAAAUGAUAUUGAAAUAAAAAGACGCGCGCGCGCGAACGUGAGUUUAGCCAUUAUAACUUAGGUGUAAGAGCGUAAACACGAUAAAAAAAUUUAAAAAAAAAAGAAGAAUGAAAACAAUCGAGAGAAUAAACGGAGGAGGAGGAGGAGGAGGAGGAACGACAAGGGGAGAGGAAGAGAAGGAAAAAAUAAUAAAUACUCUCAAGAUAUCAGAACGUCCGUCGAUGAAUUCACGAAUUGAUUUAUCCAUUUUUCUGUUUUGUUCUCGUGACUUGGAUUUUUCGUCGAGUGCUCGGCAAUUAGCCCUCUAAGUAUUCUUUUUUCUUCGUUCUCGUACCCUUUCGUCGAUUCCCACUGCCUGUUUUCCAACGAGUACUUAAUGUUCUACUCGAGGCCUCGAUCGACGGUCGAAGUGUGGUUCACGCCGAAGACUGCCGAUCGGCGAGCCCGUUAACUCGCAAAAAGAUGAUGAGCAACCUAACGUUUAAGAAACACUAAUUGAAUCACUUACGCAUCUGAAGUGACAAAAAAAAAGCGAGGCAAGAAAAAAAUGCGCAGAAAGGGGUCGUAAUAUUAUAUUCUAUAUCAUUCCAAAAUGGCGGACAAGUCCACGAAUUUUCGAGGUGAAAAAAAAGAGCGAAUCUUGCGUCCGGAGGGGGCACGGAAAACACUUUGGGUUUGUAGAAAAUCGUGAUUGAAGAAAAAAAAAGCAAUUGCAAGGAAAAUGUUCGAUAGCCUCGUUCGAUUGUAUUAUCGUUGGCUGAUGUGGCUCCAAAAAUAAUGAGCAAUAAUAAGUCUUUGGUAAAAGAAUCACGUCGAGGGCUAUCGGACAAGAGGAAAAGUUUUUUUUCACAGACGAGAAAAAUUGAAACAAGUCAGAGGAAAUAAUAAAAAAAAAAAAAGCGCAAGACUCUGAGAAAACCCAAAUACGUAUUAAUUAAUAAACCCCAAGUGGUGGCAUUAACACCUCCUGGCUUGGGUGUCGAUAAUGCGAGUGUGUUCCGGUCGGCUAUUCGAAAAACAAACUAAAACGACGUAUGAAAGACGCAAGGCAUUUCUUUUUCUCGAAAAAUUCGUUCAUACAAUAACUAUCUUAGGAUAUUAUAAUUAUAUAUAUAUAUAUUUAAAUAUAUAUGAUGAUGAUGACGAUGAUAAUAUAUUACACGUUUAACGCUUAUAUAUUUGUAUAUGAUCAGGAGAAUAGAGGCACGCACUUUGGCCAGAGUAGCGUGAUAAAAAAAAAAGAAGAAGAAGAAGAAGAAAACGAACAAGCAAAACUCUUCGUCAUGUUUUUUCGUACUCUCGAUUUAUCGUAUUUUUCAUCAUCCGCUUGCGCACUUCGACCGGAUAUUUCAAACGUUCGAUCACGUAGAACAUCUUGCCACUAUUUCCUGGUUUCAACGUUUUUCUUUUCAUUCCCGAGGUCGCACAGAGUGUGAUUAAUUUUGAGAUUUUUGACGAAACUUGUACGAGUUGCGAUAUGAAGUUAUAAAAUUUGGAGGAAAAUUUGAAAUCUCGGAGCGGGGACGGUCCUUUCGCGAUCUCGGUUUACGAGAGUCUAUCGAAUCACCAAAAAAGUGAACGAGUAAUCUUAAAAUAAUUUAUUAUUUAUUAACGAUAAAAACCAUUUUUCAGAAAAAAUACUCUUUGUUCUUGGCGUCGGUAGGGAACGCGUAAAAAGUCCUUGGAUAAUUCCUAAAAUAAAAUAUACAUAUAUUGCACGUGUGUCGCAAAAUAAAUAUAAUUUUCCAAUAAAAAAAAAAUAAAAACGAAAGAUUUUUAUUGACUAAUUAUUUAAAAUAAUUGAUGUAUCGAGGCGGCGCGCAACUCCGGUUGAAGGGUGAGCCAGGCAAAAGAAUACGAAAUACAGAAAAAUAACAUAGACAAACACGGGCAAACAGAACGUUUUGAAAAAAAAAAAAAAACAAACGAAAAUUCGUAAAAAAAAAUGACACGGAUACAAAAAAAGAUUAAAUGAAACAACAAAAGAUACAUACACACGGACACGUACAUACACACAGAUAUACACACACACAAGGACACAUUGCUGAAUGUUAAAAAUAUUAUUUUAGAUAUAUUUAAGAUGAUAGCAAUUACCACGUGAGUGUAACUAUGGCGAUGAAGUUUAAACAAAUAGUAUCAAUAAAAUAACAUUUAAACAAUAAUGCUAUGUAUACAUAUAUAUACGAUAAGGAUAUAUAUAUGUAUAUGUAAUAAUUAAUAAUUAUAAUUUAAAUAUUAAUUAUGUACCUAUAUAGCGUAUAGACGUUGGGAAAAAAAAACAAAAAAAAAUAUAAAAAAAACAACAACAGAUAUUGACACUGUCGUGUAAACCAGGCCCGAAGUCGUGUCACAGGUUAACACAUUUGAAGAAAACCUAUGAUUAUUCUCAUUCGUUUGUUAAUAUCUGCGUAAAUUGAUCGAGCGAGCAUCGAUUGUGUUUACUAAAAAUAUGAAAAGUUUUUUUUACGAAUUUCUUGUUUUUCCGUUUGUCGCAUAAUUCUCUCAACACUUAUACAUUUUGUCAUUCUUUCGUCAUUGUUCCCCGAGCAAUAAAUGUAUUCGUGAUAAAAAAAAAAAAAAAACAAAAAACAAACAAAACAAAUGUUUCUUCAUUGUGUUUCAAUCAUUUCUAGAAUUUCAACUCGUCGUCGACUCGUCAAACGUGAUUUUUCUAUUUUUCACUCCUGUAUCUAAUCAAUCGCUUUCUAAAUCAAUUUUGAAUAUCAGCUUUCGGGCACCGCAAUUUGAAAAUUCAAAAUUCCAAUCGUAGCAAUAUGGGCAAAUACAGUAACCCUUAAUAAGAGAAAAAAAAUCUUUUUUUUAGAAUACUACAAAGGAUCAAUGAGUCAUCGGUAUUGGUACGAUCAUUGCACAACAUUUUUUAUCUCCAUUGAAAACAAUUUGAAAAUAAAAGUGAAAAUGAUAUAAAAGGGGGUUUCCUGUGAGGCGGCCCCGGGCCUGCCUGAAUAACAAUAAGAAUUGAUUUUUGUAAAGAAGGGAUAAAUCGAUAUUGAGAAUAAUUGGUAUAGCUUGAAACAAAUAAAUGAAUAAUUAUGGCAAAAAUGGAAAAUAUAUAAAGAGGCAUGUGCCGUGCGAAGAGAAGAAAAUAUACGUCCUUUCCAUAGUAUCAAAUACAGUAUUACAAUGGAUUGAAAGCGAUUAUAAAGAAUGAAGAUUCAAGAUUAUUAAAAAUUGGAAAGUAGAUUUUAGGUUUGCAUUAUUUACCUCUUUAUAUGCCGGAAUUUGAAAGUUCAAAUUAUGAAACGGAAAGAGCAUGGAAAAAAGAGCUUAGGAAAAGUAAAUUUUCUAUUCGCAAUUCUUGACCAGAAUUUUAUUUUUUCUAUUAAGCAUGCACGAAUAAAAAAAAAUCCUUUUCUUCUCUGUUUGGCAGACAAAAAACCACAUAUUUUUAUCGAUUUGAAAAUUCAUUUCAUCUGUGCAGAAUGAUGAACAAUGACAACUAAUUACAUCGAUACGAAUCGUAAUAAUAAUUAUAAUGAGAGGUCAACAACAUAUGAGUUUCACGUUAAAUUAUAGAUUUUUACACUCAGCAGGUAUUUUUAUUUGGAUGCGCAUUACAUCUCUUCGUAAAAGAAUCAUCAUAUUGUGUUUGUGGAUACAUGUAAUUCUACUUAUCAAUAAAUAUAUCUUGAAAACACA